CAGACAUAGAACAAGAUGGAUGCAGUUUGGUCGACAUAGAGAUCGGACAAUUAAAGACAAAAAGAGACUUCAUGUCUUGUUCUUUUACCCUUUAGAGAAGAAUGAUUACUGCGAUGCCCCCAGAAGAAUCAGGAAGAAGUAGUUACUUGCCCCGCAAGCGACAUCUCGAAAACCCUUCCGAAGAACAGAGCAAAAGAUCGAGACUUUACCAAAACGCAAACGUUAUCCCUCACGGUUGGCUAGAUUGUCCACGUUUCGGCCACGAGAUCGGUCCCAUCAUCCCAUCAAAAGUCCCUCUCAGCGAAUCUUACAACGACCACCUCCCUCCCGACAAACGAUACACUUUUAAACAGCUGCUAACCAACAACAAAAGGAACAAGCUCGGUCUAGUGAUCGAUCUCACCAACACAACUCGUUACUACAACCCUAGCACAGAGCUGCUAAGAAGGGAAGGGAUCGAGUACGUUAAGAUUCGUUGCAGCGGUCGUGACUCUGUCCCUGAUAACGUCUCCGUGAACACAUUCGUCCACGAGGUGAAUCAGUUUGAGAGACGUAACUUCUCGAAAAAGUCUGUUCUCGUUCACUGUACGCAUGGUCAUAACCGCACAGGGUUCAUGGUUGUUCAUUACCUUAUGAGGUCUAGUACCUUGAUGAGCGUUACUCAGGCUCUUAAAACGUUUUACGAUGCUCGUCCCCCAGGAAUCUAUAAAUCGGAUUACAUCGACGCUCUUUACAGUUUCUAUCACGAAACAAAGCCCGAGAGUGCUGUUUGCCCACAAACUCCCGAGUGGAAGCGGUCUGAAGAAAACGAGUCUUUAUCUGUAUCAUUAUCACCGUGUGUCCCUUUAGUGAUCAAGAAGAUGUCAAACGACGACGUUUUGGGGGACGAGAUACCUUACGGUCAAGAGAAGUGUUACCAGGAGUUUUGCUACGAGAUGCUGAAUAUUAAGAUAGAAGGAAGAUCUUCGUCUCUGCAGUUUCCCGGCUCGCAUCCUGUGUCUUUAGACAGGGAAGGGUUCCAACUCUUGAGGCGGAGGUACUACUACGCCACGUGGAAGGCGGACGGGACGCGUUACAUGAUGCUAUUGACUAGAGAAGGGUGUUACUUAAUAGACAGAAAGUUUAGAUUCAGAAGGGUACAGAUGCGGUUCCCUUGCAAGCCUCACGAGGCUAAAGUGCAUGACUACACUCUGCUCGAUGGAGAGAUGGUUGUAGAUAACUUCCUUGACGGACAAGGAAAGCCUCGCCAGGCGAGGAGGUACCUCGUCUACGACAUGGUAGCAGUCAACGGCGAAUCACUCGCUGACCGUCCUUUCAGUGAGAGAUGGAGUGUUAUCGAUAGAGAAGUGAUCAGACCACGUAACGACGAGAAGAAAGUUACAAAAGGUUACAGAUACGAGAUGGAGCCUUUCGGCGUACGUAUAAAAGCCUUUUGCCUACUAUCUUCCGUGGAGAAGAAGGUGUUCAACGAGCUGAUACCUUCGCUCUCUCACGACUCCGACGGGAUCAUACUCCAAGGCUGGGACGAGCCUUACGUCUACCAGAGGAACCAAGCCUUGCUCAAGUGGAAGUUUCUAGACACCAUCGACUUUUUGUUCGAGGUGGGGAGGGACGGGCGUUACAUGCUGUUCUUGUGUGAAAACGGGAGGAACAAGCUUAUGGAGGGGCAUACGGUUGAGUUUAGAGGCGACGGUUGGGAGGAACCGGGGAGGUAUAGUGGGAAGCUUUUGGAGUGUUUUUGGGAUAAGGAGGAUAAGGUUUGGGUGCCUAUGAGGGUUAGAGUUGAUAAGUCUCAGCCGAAUGGUAUGGGAACGUUCCGUGGGGUGAUGAAAUCUAUUAAUGAUGGUAUAACUAAGGAGGUUUUGUUGAAGGAGAUUAAAGAAAUUGUUAGGCUUCCUAUGUACGUUGAGCGUAUUCGUGUAGAUACUCUAGCUGCGGAACGGCGUAGGCAUGGGAACCGCAGGGGGUGA